CCUUUAAGUAUUUCCUGCCACUUUCAGUCCCAAAGAAUUAAACAAGUUACCAGUCCACUGAGAUGCCCCUUUAAAAUAAGCGGCUUCUUAGAGAAGGGAGGGGUUAGUUUGUUCAAAGGUGGAUAGGGGAUCUCUAUACUAAUUGCCCUGUUUAUCAAUGAAGGGGGUGGUGAGUUCAUAGCCCAACUUUCAAAUUAGUGUUUUAUAAUGGCAAAAAAAAUAGAAAAAUAUGAAUUUUUAUAGAUUGAAACGAAAGGCAGAAUUUAAUUUCAGCACAAGUCCUAUUUAACAUGAUAAUUUUUAGCAAAGGUGUAUACUGUUCCUUUAAAGAUUGCCCCUUCUCUGAAUGUAUAGGUUUAGUCUCUUUUUUUGCUUUAUUUAAAUGUUACAAGAAUGUCUAAAAAUCCCCAUCAGGUUCCUCAUUUUAAGUGCAGUUAAGACACUUGUCACGCUUCCAACAUUAAUUGCUGAUCUCAGAUGCUAGACAGUGUACUCUAGUGGUUGUAAAGGCUAUACAGGAGGCAGUGGUGUAACUAGAAGUAUAGCUGUGGACCCACAGUUUAUGACCAUGCACAUCUUGGACAUGCAUGUUCUUAUGUUAGAUUUGACACAAUUCGGAGGAUUCUACUCAAGGUUUUUGGGAUUGAUAUAGUCAUGGCGAUGGUUGUCACAGACAUUGAUGAUAAAAUAAUCAAGAGAGCAAAAGAGCUCAAUAUAUCUCCAGUGGCCUUAGCACGUACUUAUGAACAGGACUUUAAACAAGACAUGACUGCAUUAAGGGUCCUUCCACCGACAGUAUACAUGAGAGUUACAGAAAGUAUUCCACAGAUAAUAUCAUUUAUUCAACAGAUAAUUGCCAAUGGACAUGCAUAUUCUACCUCACAAGGAAAUGUUUAUUUUGAUGUUCAGUCGAUUGGAGACCAAUAUGGGAAAUUUAAUGAUUCUUUCUGUGAUGCAGCUAGUGAGUCAGCAUUGCAGGAUAAAAGACAUAUCCGAGAUUUUGCUUUGUGGAAAACAUCCAAACCUGAGGAGCCUUACUGGGCUUCUCCUUGGGGGAAGGGAAGACCUGGCUGGCACAUAGAGUGUUCCACAAUUGCAAGUUCUGUAUUUGGCAAACAUCUAGACAUUCACACUGGUGGGAUUGAUCUUGCUUUUCCUCAUCAUGAAAAUGAAAUUGCUCAGUGUGAGGCAUAUCACCAGACCACACAGUGGGGGAACUAUUUCCUUCAUACUGGGCAUUUACAUUUGAAAGGAAAUGAAGAAAAAAUGUCAAAAUCUUUGAAAAACUAUGUGACAAUUAAGGAGUUUUUAAAGUCCUUUUCCCCUGACCAUUUAAGAAUGUUUUGUCUUCGUUCAAAAUAUAAAUCAGCAGUGGAAUACAGCAAGGAGUCCAUGCAUGAUGCAGUAAAUACCCUACACCUGAUCUCUUCAUUUGUCGAUGAUGCCAAAGCCUAUCUGAAAGGUCAGCUGAUUUGCCAGCCAGUGCAGGAAACUUUACUCUGGCAAAGGCUGAAUGAAACAAAAGUAAAUGUUAAGGCUGCAUUUUCAGAUGACUUUGACACCCCCCGAGCAGUUGAUGCAGUUUUGGACCUCAUUCACCAUGGCAACAGACAGCUUAAGGCUGUUUCCAAGGAGUCAAGCUCUCCCAGGAGCCCCAUAGUUUAUGGUGCCAUGGUCUCUUACAUUGAACAAUUUCUGGAGAUAAUGGGAAUUUCCUUGGGCCAAAACCAGGUCCCUGCAGAAGAGAGACACUCCGCCAUGCUUUUCAAUGUAGUCGAAGAAAUGGUCAGUUUCAGAAGUAAGGUACGCAAUUACUCCCUGGCCACACAUGAAUCAGCAACUGCAAUAGGACAAGAAGAAAAGCAGCAAUACAAGGAGAGGAGGCGGCAGUUGUUACUGGAAAGAGAACCCCUCCUACAGGCUUGUGACAUAGCGCGCCAACAUCUGGCUGUGUAUGGCAUAAAUGUUAAGGACCGUGGAGAUACAUCAACAUGGGAACUACUUGAUCGCAAAGAAGAAACCUAAGUUCAUUCUGUAAUGUCCAUUUCUUUUAGAUAUGUAAAAAUAUUUUGUAUAUAUUUAUUAAAAUAAGUUAAGGCAA